AUGCGCCCUAUCUCUCUCUCUCUCUCUCUCUCUCUCUAUUUAUCUAUCUAUCUUUCUCUUAUACUCUCUCUUUCUCUUUCUCUUUCUCUGUAUUUAUUUUCCUUAAUUUCUCCCUUCUCUUUCUUUUUCUCCCGCUUUCAUUCUCCUCUCUCUCUCUCUCUCUCUCUCUCUCUCUCUCUCUCUUCCUUAUUGUAUUUACUUUUCUCUCUCGAUUUUACUCUUUCUUUACCUUCGCUUUUCUUCUUCGCUAGAUUCCUGAGCUCUCCCCCUUUCUUCCUUUUCCUUUUUCUCCCAGCGUUAGAUAUCAUUUUACCAGGGUGCUAUCUCUUAGAUAUUUCACAUAUUUUACGUUCCUUAUUCUGCCUGUUUUUUAUUUUAUUUUUAUGUUUUCUUUUUAUUCUUAACUUCUUCCAUAUUUGUUCUUUCUUUCUCACUUACUUCUUUAGUUUGUCUUUUCUUUUUUAUCUGUUACAAGUCCUUUCCAUUCAGUUUUUCCCCCUCAUAUUGUUACCUGUUCUUCUUUCCUUACUUUCUUUCCAUUUUUGUUUUGUCUUCUUUUUUACCACUUCCUUUGUUUUUCCUUCAUUCCUUUCCCUUCUAUCUUUUUUCUGUCUUUGCUUUUACAGUUUUUCCCUUUCGUUGUUUCUUGAAUUUUCUUUACUUUUCUAUUUAUUUCUCCUUUUCAUUCUUCUUAUUUAUUUAUUUACAACCCGUCUUGCUUUUCUUUAUAUUCCUACCUCUUUAUUUUCUUUCUUCUCUUCCUUGUCUGUCCUUCCAUUUUUCCUCUGUCACCAUCCGGCUUCUUGCCCAUUAUUCUGA